AUGGCUCUUUGGACCGGUUUCCCCUCUGGAAUCGGGUUGAGACAAAAAGUUGAAAUAUGUCCUGGGCCUCGAAAGCCUCUCAAAUGUCUGGCUAAGAGCCAGGAUUUCGAAAGGAAGCUUUCCUGUCGAUUUGUGCUUCGGGAUGAGAUCCUCCAAGGCGCCUCUGAGGAGCCUGAUGAGCACUCAAUACUACUGAAUAUGCCAUAUGAGAUAAUAUUGGCAAUAUUUGACAGCAUUGCCCACGCUCCUUCCCAGGUUGCCUUGGCGUUGACCUGCAAGCGCAUGGCCACUGCUGCUCGGGAUGUUCAAUUACGUCUCUCAACUACUUCCGCCAAAUACGCCGGAAUCCUCCCUCGGGCUGUCUUCGAUGUUCCGGAACUCAUGGCGCAACUGAAACCAUGGAUGCCCGUUGAGCUCCGUCUAUGUAACCACUGCCUGACCAACAGACCAUGUUGCGAGGAAUAUUGGAAUACCGUCUCUGGGUGCGAGGUCAGCAACUUCUGGAUUCAGAAGACAGGCUGGACCUUCCGCAAUGCCAGUUGGCACAAGCAAGUUCAUGAUAUUUGUCCUGCUUGCCACGUCUCCUGCACCUUGAGCGAUUAUGUCGAUUGUGAUGGCUGUCGAGCCCUUGGAAGAUUAGGCGAUGUGGACUGGUCUCGGGUAUCGGAUUCUUGGCGAAGGAGAACUGAGGAGGAAAUUCGAGCUGGCAGAUUCGCAACCUAG